ACUUCGCAUCAGCAGUUUGUGCUGGGCAGAGCCUGUCUGCGCCCAGGCACCCUGGGUGAGCGGGGCUGCUGGACAAGCCUCCCCAGCAGCGCCCAGACACGGGCUGGGAGGAAGGAGCCCACAGCCGAGCUCUGGGGCAGGAGUGUGAGCUGGCCUGAGCCUGGUGCUGCAAGCCUGAGCCAUGCCACAAGAGUCCAAGCUGAACCUGGGGAAGAAGAUCAGCAUCCCCAGAGAUGUGAUGCUGGAAGAGCUUUCUCUCCUCACUAACAAAGGAUCCAAGAUGUUCAAGUUACGCCAGCUGAGGGUGGAGAAGUUCAUUUAUGAGAAUAACCCUGAUGCCUUCACCGACAAUUCUGUGGAUCACUUUCAGAAGUUCAUCCCACCAGGAGGGCAUUAUGGGGAGGAUGCUCAUGGCUAUGCCCACGGGCGGAUGGUAGGAGGAGUGACAGCUGGGCAGCAUGGCUCCACUAAGCAGCAGCAUCCCGCUGGUCCUGCCAGGCCUGGGAGUAAAGGAGGCCCUGGGGACAGCGGAGGAGAGCAUGCGGGGGAAUCGGCUGGAAGUGGUGGAGAAGGAGGCGAUGGUACUGAUAAAGAUGGGAAGUCAGGAGGCAAAAAAGUCACUAUAUUUAAAACUUACAUCUCCCCCUGGGAACGAGCAAUGGGUAUCAGCCCUGAGGACAAAAGUCAGUUCACCAUUGACUUACUGUCAUAUAGUCCCAAAGCUGAUUUCCCCCAUUACAAGUCUUUUAACCGGACUGCCAUGCCUUACGGGGGUUAUGAGAAAGCAGCCAAACGGAUGACCUUCAAAGUGCCUCAGUUUGAUAUUUGCCCUUUGCUUCCGGAAUCUCUCAUGAUAUAUAAUCAAAAUUUCAGCAACAGACCCUCCUUCAACAGAACCCCAAUACCUUGGAUGCCUUCAGGAGACUCCUCUGAGUACCAUACUGAGAUCAAUGUGCCAAGGAAUGGUGAAACAGAAGAGCUGUAACUCCCCACUGCCAAGGCCUUUCUUUUUUCUCAGCCCUUUCUACUUGCAAGUUGACAGUAAAGAGCUGAAAAGUGCAACUCUAGUUCUGUCAGCCCUUCCUUUCUUUUGCUCUUAGCCCAGUUAAGUUCCUUGCAGGUUCUAAACUUAUCUUCACUGUGGUGUUAAUCCAUAUCAGAAACAGUUUGAAGGAAAGGAGAAUUUUAUUCACCAGGGCAUAAAAGGGCAAAACUAGGAAGUGUUUUUCUGUUUAGCAAUGCUAAAUGCUGCCUGUCUGCUCCAUAGUAAGUCUGUUUUGUCAUAUAUUAACAAGUAAUAAAACAUAAAGAGGAAAAAAAG